ACAUAUUGUAGAGGUGAAACUGUGUGGAAAUGGGAAGCAUGACGACUCUCUGUUCAUCAGAGAGCGUGUUUUCCAUGAGGAGGAUGGCGUCGCUUUCGACUCAAUCAUCAUCAUCAUCAUCAUCAUCUUCUUCUUCUUCUAAACCUUCGAAAUUCUUUCGAUGUUUUCUGGAUUCUAAUGUUUCGUCUGUUCAUACCUCUCAAUCUCGCGUUUUCUUCAGGCAACAUUGUAUCAAAUUACAUGAUAGGCGGUUCAGGCAAUUUCAGCACUCAAGAUACCAUAUGAAUGUAUUUCGUUCUGAUGGUAAUGAUCCAACUAAACUUGCCCACAAUGUGGAGGAUUGGGAAUGCAGUACUUCGGGCAAAUCAAAUUCAAGAAAUAUGUUGACAGCAAAAACGUCACUUCCUUCUAAGGACUUAUCUAUUGAUACAUCACGGAAUAGCUACCUAAAGUUUUUGCUGUUCUUUGGGAUUUUAACUCUUCAAGAUGCUCAAAGCGCCCUUGCUGGUUCAGAUGUUGCUAAUCUGUUGCAGUCUAGCUCAUUUUUUGGAGAUCUCAGUGAUUUAAGCACAGGUUUUGCUUCAGCAUUCUUGCUAAUAUUCUUCUCUGAGCUAGGGGACAAAACCUUCUUCAUUGCGGCACUUUUAGCAGCUCGGAAUUCUGCUGCAGUUAUCUUUUUGGGGACUUUUGGUGCACUUGGGGUAAUGACCAUCAUAUCUGUUGUUCUUGGGAGAACUUUUCACUAUGUAGAUGAAAUCCUUCCCUUCAGAUUCGGUGACAUGGACCUGCCAAUUGAUGAUAUUGCUGCAGCAUUGCUUCUGGUUUAUUUUGGUGUUUCAACGUUGCUUGAUGCCUCCUCUGGUGAUGGUCUUAAAGCAGAAGAAGAACAGAAGGAGGCUGAGAUAGCUGUGUCUGAAGUUUUUGGCAAUGGUGCUGGGAUUUUGGCUGCGGCUAGCACAAUCAUUAGCACUUUCCUUUUAGUAUUUGUAGCUGAAUGGGGUGAUAAAUCAUUUUUUUCCACAAUUGCUCUUGCUGCAGCCUCUUCACCUCUUGGAGUCAUUGGAGGGGCACUAGCUGGUCAUGGACUGGCAACUUUGCUGGCUGUCCUUGGAGGCUCGUUACUGGGAACUUUCUUAUCCGAAAAGGUGAUUGCAUAUGUUGGAGGUGUUCUUUUCCUUGUGUUUGCAGCAGUGACUGUGGUUGAGAUUGUGAGUUAGGACAAGAUUCAAACACAAAUUUCUUUAAAUUAUUAUUGAAUUAUUUUUAAUAUUUUAUUUUUAUUAAGACAACAUUUCAGGGGCUUUAUCUUCUACUUUUUGAAUAUUUUCCUAUUAAGAAGAGUUGAUGU